UAAACGAAUAUAACAAUCAUAUAUAGAUUUGUGAAGACAGUAUAUAAAUAGAACAGCUCUUGAUCAAUCCCGCUCGAUCUCACUCGGACGAGCUCCAAAAAAUUCAAAAAGAAAAGAUGCCAGAAGCAGAAUCAAGCGCUAAUUUUCGAAAUGCGAAUCAUACAGUUGAUCCCGUCGAUCAUCUUCCACUCUCUCUUCUCCGAUCCGAGUACAUCCCGGCCGCACCGACCCGAUCCUUAUCCACAAUCGACUGGUUACCGGAGUUUGCCGGUUACUCAUGGGUGGCGUACGGAGCAUCUUCUCUUCUGGUGAUCUCUCAUUUUCCUUCUCCCCUCUCCCAAGAUGAAACCCUAAUUGGUCCCAUUUUUCGCCAAUUUUUCGAGCUCUCCGAUGAUACAACGCCCGUCAGUGCCGUUUCUUGGUCUCCCGUAGCUCCUUCAAUUGGCGGCCUUGCUGCUGCCUCGGGGAAUUGCAUCUAUGUCUUUACUCAUGAUUCGGGGACCUCCAAAGGUUCUUUUUGUUGGAGCCAGAAUGCAGUACUCAUACAACGUACAAAGGUGGAGGCAAUUCAAUGGACGGGGUCUGGGGAUGGGAUCAUUGCUGGUGGAAUUGAGAUCGUUUUAUGGAAAAAGCAAAACACAUCCUGGGAAAUAGCUUGGAAGUUUAAAGAGAAUCAGCCUCAAAAUCUUGUUUCUGCAACUUGGUCUAUUGAGGGACCUUCUGCAACUGCAGCUUAUAUGUAUAAACCAGACCUUGGAGGAUCUAAUGAGGCAGGCAAGUGUGUUUUAGUUUGUUACAGUGAUGGAAAAUCUGAAUAUGCCAAAGUCAGGCUACGUCAUCCUCAGCCCAUUGCAAUGAUUCAAUGGAGGCCAUCAACGAGAAGGCAAUUCCAGGGAGAUGCAAAACAUUCAUCUAGGCAUGUGCUGCUAACAUGCUGCUUGGAUGGAACUCUAAGAUUAUGGAGUGAGAUGGAUAGCAGAAGGGUUAAAAAAGUUGGCAGGGACAUUAAUGAUCGUAAAACCAUGGGACGAUCUUUUUGUGUUGUUGCUGUGAUUGAAGUAAAUCAGGCCUUGAAUGGAGAUCUUGGAAUGGAUGUGUUUUUUACAUGGGCAACGGAAAACACAAGCAUGUUUAAAACCAGUCAAGGGGACAACCAAUUUAUUUCUGCUGGAGGAUUUGAGCGUGGAAGGGCUGGCAAAUGUGAGUGGUUAAUUGGGUUUGGUCCUGGAAUGCUGGUUACUUUCUGGGCUAUCCAUUGUCUUGAUGACAUCAAUCCCUUAAGGUUCCCACGAGUUACAUUAUGGAAGAAACAAAGCCUGGAAUCUGGAAAUCUAAAUAGAAGUGGUUUUCCAAAUUUUAAGGAGCAACUAAUUCUUAAUAAAGUUGUUAUUUUAAGAAACUGCGUUUCUGGUCCUCCAACUGUUUGCUCUUUGAUUCAUCUAUCACCUUGUAACUCCUUGGUUUGGUCCUUUUUGCAUACCCAAACAUCAAAAAACAUAGAGGAUAUAUCUCCUAAUGAAUCCCAAACAGGAAACUUCUUGUCAUUUUCAGCAAGUAGGGUUUUAAAUAUAGAUGGUCACACGGGAAAAAUCUUACAAGUUGCUGUGCAUCCUUGUGUCUCCGAAGUUGAACUUGCUGUUUCUCUUGAUUCUAAUGGGUUGCUGUUAUUCUGGUCUCUUUCUACCAUUUCAAACAGCAUCUCUGCCUUCCCAACGUUGAUUCCUACAUGGAAACUUUGUGGAAAACUUGGAACUCAAGGUUUGUGUUCGAAAUAUACGGCCUUGAGCUGGGCUCCUUCAAUGCUGCAUGAAGAAAGGGUUCUUCUUAUGGGUCAUGUUGCAGGAAUAGAUUGCUUUAUAGUAAAGGUUUCUCAAACUGAAGAGAACGGAAUAUCAUGUAAUUACAUAUGCACUAUACCUCUUAGUGGUCAUAGGACUUAUGAGGAAGGUCCUGCAAAUAUAUUUUCUAUACCUUUGCCUUCUUGUAACAGUAAAACGGUAAAGUAUAAUAAAUUUUUGCUUUUGGGGGUGUGGAUGAAUGGGUUUGAGGCCCUAUCAUGGGAAAUCACCUUACACCCUGUUGAUUUACUGGAAAGAUGCUGUGAAUGUAAUGUUGACGAUAAUGCUGUUAAAUGCAUUAUGUGGAAGUUUGGAAUUACUACUUCUGAAAAAAGAUAUUGCAUUGCUGUCUAUCCCCGAUCAUCCCAAUUUCCUGAGGCUCACACAAAUAAUCAAAUUACAAGUUUUGCUGUGGUCUGUCCAAGUAGUCUGAUACAUGUGGAUCAAAAGUUAGCUGAUGAUGAUGAUCUGUGCAGCAAAAUUCCUGCAUAUACUAUGGCAACAGGCUCCUCUGAUGGUAUUUUGAAACUGUGGAGAAGUAACCUUGGUAGCCCAUCAACCCCUGACAUGCAAUGGGAGCUUGUAGGUAUGUUUGUCGCUCAUCAAGGUCCUGUUUCUACUAUGUGCUUGACUAAUUGUGGUCUGAAGAUUGCUACCGUUUCUUCUAAAAGUGAUUCAAAUGCUGGGAGCACACUUUCUGUAUGGGAGUCUGUAUACCUUACAGGGUUUGGUAGUUUCAUAUUGGAAGAUACAUUAUCCUUUGACAGAAGUGUUGUUGCUGUAAAUUGGUUAACUUUUGAAAAUGGUCAAUUCUUACUUGGCGUGUGCAUGGAAAAUGAGCUGUGGAUAUAUGCACAGAGGCGUUGUGGUGGUCAGACUUUGCUGAACUCUAAAAAGUCUUUUAAAAUGCAAAUUUGGUUGUGCAUUGCAUUUGCUCAUACUUCUCCUGCUAUUCAUGGCCUCUUUUCUGGUCGCAGGGCCACAGCUAUUGUUGUGCACAAUAGCUACUUUAGUCUAUUUAGUAGGUGGUUGUUUCUCAUUGAUAAAAAACAUCAGGCCAAAUGCCAUUCAAAUUUUGCUGUGGACAAUUCUUCCUGUCUUGACUAUGGAACAGAUACAAACACUGUUUGUGCUAUGUCCACUGGUUGUGAUAUUGGUGGUGGUUUCAAAGUAUCAUCAGUUGAAGAUCUUAGAGGAGAAUGCAAGUCUGCUCUUUCUGUGAUGACUAAUGUGAAAAGUGAUCUAUCCAGAGUUUUGUUUGUAUCAAGUGAUCAACUGCAAUUUGGUUCAGGAAUCAUGCUUGGUUUCUGGAGCAUGCUGGAAAUUGCUGAGAAGUUAAGGGGAUCUUUGCCUGCUUAUCAUCCUGAGGCACUCCUCAUAAAUAUAUAUUCAGGCAAUUGGAAACGUGCAUAUGUGUCUUUGAGGCAUCUUGUUGAAUACCUUACUUCAAAUAAUGUCUCAGAGACGAUAUAUCCCUCCACAAAGUCUGGCCAUAUUGUCCCACAGAUCCUUUUGUCAAAUUAUUUUGAAGGGUUUCUCUCCAAAGGUUCAGCCAAUAGUGAAUUUAAAUGGAAUGGGGUUGAUACAUCAAUGACAUCUUCUUCACAGUUUAAUGGAGGCAUUACCCAGUUUGCUUACAAUUUUGCGUCCGUUGAUGCUUCCACUUAUAUGGUUAAUUCAUCAUCUCCAAAAUCUGAACUUGGUGGCUUUGUUGAGUCUCUUGAGAAUUUAAAUGGGCUACCAGCUAUAACCACCAUAGAGAAGAUGGAAAUUCUUGCGGUUAUUGAUCUACUCAAAGAAGUUAGUAAUAUGCAAUCUGCUUCAGCCUAUGAAAAUCUUGAUGAAUUUGGCCGAAGGUUUUGGGUGGCAUUAAGGUUUCAGCAACUACACUUUUCUCGAAGGUUUGGUAGAUCGGCAUCUGUGGAAGAGUUGGUUGUUGACUCUAGGCUUAUAGGAUGGGCUUUCCACUCUGAUUGUCAGGAAGCUUUGUUUGGUUCUGUUCUAUCUAAUGAACCAUCUUGGCCAGAAAUGCGGGCACUGGGUGUUGGAUUUUGGUUCACUAACAUGACACAAUUGCGUAUAAGGAUGGAGAAACUGGCAAGAUCACAGUAUCUGAAGAGCAAAAAUCCUAAAGAUUGUGCACUUUUGUAUAUAGCUUUGAAUCGACUUCAAGUUUUGGCUGGCCUGUUUAAACUUAGUAAAGAUGAGAAGGACAAACCCCUGGUGGCAUUUCUUUCGCGCAAUUUUCAGGAGGAGAAAAAUAAGGCAGCUGCUUUGAAAAAUGCUUAUGUCUUACUCGGUAGGCAUCAACUAGAGCUGGCUAUUGCUUUUUUUCUGCUUGGGGGUGACGCAGCCUCUGCGAUUAAUGUGUGUGCAAAAAAUCUUGGGGAUGAACAGCUGGCGCUAGUAAUUUGCCGGCUCCUAGAGGCGCGUGGUGGACCAUUGGAGCGUCAUCUUAUCGCAAAGUUUAUACUUCCAUCUGCCAUUGAGAGGAAAGACUACUGGCUUGCAAGCCUUCUGGAGUGGGAAUUAGGGAAUUACUCUGAGUCAUUUCUGACCUUGACCGGUUUCCGAGAAACUACUGUUACCAACAAGUUUGCUGUAUUGUCCAAUAAUGCUGCUUUUGUGGAUCCCAGUAUUGGUUUGUAUUGCCUCACCCUAGCAAACCAAAAUCAUAUGAAAAAUGCUAUCGGGGAAAAAAAUGCUGCUAUCCUUGGUAGAUGGGCAACUUUGAUGAGAGCUACUGCUUUAAACAGAUGUGGGCUUCCUCUUGAAGCUUUGGAGUGCCUUUCAUCUUCUCCCAGCACUAUUGCGGUUACAGAUCAAGGGAGUAUACCAGAUGUUGAACAUUCUCAAAUUAUUCCUGCAAUUCUAAAGCCUUCUGCGUGCGAUGCUUCUAACUGGCUGUCAGGUGAUGUGGCUUUGCAUCUUGAGUCGCAUGGUAAAUUGGAUUUAGCUCUUCAAUAUUUCUCAAAAUUGAUGUGGGAGCAUCCUAGUUGGCCUAAUCUAGGAUCUGAUAGAGCCAGUACAUGCUCUAUGGAUCUUGAAACUCAUCAACACGAGAAAAUACUAGAAAAUUUUCAAUGCAAGUUAUACACUGGACUUGCAUAUCUUAAGCAGAGAUUUGCAUUGGAAUCUUCCUGUCUAAUCAGCAUGAUUUUAGUCUUGUUGUGCAACAACGGGUUAUUAUUUAUUGGAUAUGACAUAUUACGUGGAUAUACUUGUCAAGGACUCUCACAAGAUGAGAGCAAUGUAAAAGAGAGCUUCCUCUUAUAUUAUCUUCAGCAUAAGCCACUUUUGAAAGCUACUGAAGAUUUCUCCUUUUUUAUUUCACGGUUUAUUGCUGCCUCAAGCAUUACUUGCUCCAAUUUGAAACCACUUCAUAUUGAAAAUGGCCUGUGUAGAGAAGUUGGAUCAGCAUGUUUAAAUGCUUGGAAGCAUUACUUUGAAUGUGUUAUAUUGUCAUUGUGGAGUUUAAGGGCUGCUAUGAGGAAUUUUUCUGGCUACUUAACUGAAGAACUCAUUAUGGAACCCCUUGUUCUUCUUGAUUUAUACGAGUAUUAUGUGCAUUUUGCCUCUGCUUGGUGUCAGAGAAAUUCAAAAAGUAUUCUUCUGCUCGUGCAACCUCUCUUGAUUACCUAUACCAAUGGGCAUACUCCCUACGAAGUUAAUAUGGUGAAUCUGAAGAAAAUUUUCCACCAAACUGCAGAGUUGGUAGCCUGUACAUCAAUUGAUAAUGUGGAAGGGAUGCUUCAGGUUCCUAAAAUUAUUGAUGAUAAAAAAUGCGAUCUUAUGCAUUCAAUUCCAGAAGAUGAAAGAUGGCAUAUCAUGGCGGCUUGCUUGUGGCAACACAUGUCCAGAUUCACUAAACAUAAGCUUAAUUCUAUAUCCGUGAAACUUGAUGACAAUCAUUCUACUGGUGUAAUGGAACACAUCAGGCUGCUCUCCUUGAUAUUGAGCAAAUCAUUGAAGUCCACAUUGUUACAUGUUUCUUCUUAUCAUGUAAAACAGCUUGCAAUAUUCCUGCAGCAGAAAGUAGAGAUUGGACAUGACGUUCCAACUUGUCGAUGGUUAGAUGAGUCUAAACUGUCUCAACCUGGAGUCCUCUAUCCACAUCUACGUGAGGGUGCUGCAAGUAUGUACAUGAUGAAUAACAAGGAUGAAGCUGUAUCUGAAUUACUCUGGGAUGCUUGUGCUGAUGCAAAUAUGAUAUUUGAAGGUUUUGUGCAAGAAAAAAUAAAUUGGCAACAUCAUAUCCAUAGUAAACGUUCUAAAGGAUGGACUCACAUAAAUGAAGGUGUCAUGAUGGAUCACGAAAAUGAGGCAGCUCACAACCAUGGAGGCAAUUCUAGCAGUACUUCUGCUGGUGGUGAAGUUGGACUGCCUGGUAAGGGCCUUUUUCGAAAUGGCCAUGCUUUACUGAGCUCCUGGCAGAAAGAUACAAGCAUUGUAAAUGAGGUUACACCUUUCCAAUCCCCUCAAGAAAUAUACAGGAGAAAUGGGGAGCUUUUUGAGACAAUGUGCAUCAACUCUGUUGAUCAAAGGCAGGUAGUAGUUGCUAGCAAUCGAAAGGGAAUAGUUUUCUUUGAUUGGGAAGAUGGGCUGCCUUUCAGAGGUCAAGCUGAAUAUAUUUGGUCAGAUGCUGAUUGGCCACAUAAUGGUUGGGCUGGUUCAGAAUCAACCCCCAUGGCAACAUUUGUUUCUCCUGGCAUUGGUCUUGGGAGCAAGAAAGGGGCACGCCUUGGGUUAGGUGGUGCUACCUUUGGCUUGGAUUUGUCAGCAAGACCAGCGAGAGAUUUGACUGGUGGUGGAGCAUUUGGGAUUCCAGGUUAUGCUGGUAUUGGAGCAUCUGGCUUAGGUUGGGAGAUUCAAGAUGAUUUUGAGGAGUGUGUUGAUCCACCAGCUACAUUGGAAAAUAUAAGUACAAGGGCUUUCUCAAGUCACCCCUCCAGGCCUUUUUUCUUGGUUGGUUCUAGCAAUACACACAUUUACUUAUGGGAGUUUGGUAAGGAUAAAGCAACUGCUACUUAUGGCGUGCUUCCUGCUGCAAAUGUUCCUCCCCCAUAUGCUCUUGCAUCAAUUUCCGCUUUGCAAUUUGAUCACUUUGGGCACAGAUUUGCUAGUGCUGCACUGGAUGGAACUGUAUGCACAUGGCAGCUCGAGGUGGGAGGAAGGAGCAAUGUCCGUCCGACAGAAUCAUCACUCUGCUUUAAUAGCCAUGCAGUGGAUGUCACUUACAUUACUUCAAGUGGGUCUGUUAUUGCUGCAGCUGGACAUAGCUCUAGUGGUAUUAAUGUGGUUAUAUGGGACACAUUGGCUCCACCUACAAGCUCCAGGGCUUCCAUCAUUUGUCAUGAAGGUGGUGCGCGCUCCAUUUCUGUGUUUGAUAACAACAUUGGAAGUGGAUCUGUUUCUCCCCUUAUUGUGACUGGUGGUAAAGGUGGUGAUGUUGGAAUUCAUGACUUCCGGUACAUAGCAACUGGAAGAGCUAAAAGGCACAGGCACUUGGAUACUGGUGAACUAAGUAUAAACUCUUCUGCAAAUACUGAUACGCGAACAGGCUUUGGGAAUAAUCCUGGAGACCAGAAUGGGAUGCUUUGGUAUAUACCAAAGGCUCACUUAGGUAGAGUCUAUACUAAAAGCUAG